AUGACGGUAGGGGUAGGGGAUUUUUACUUUUUUUUGAUUUUUUAGAUUGAAAAUUUUUAAAGCGUUCGAAAUUUUUGCAUAUCAUUUAGAUUUCUUCUCAAGGUAUAAAAGUCUGUCGGGAAAAUAAUGGGUAAAAGUUCCUUAUUUUGGCCACAACUUAUAACUUUGCGGAAACUGGUCGGAAUUAGCCCAAAUUUAGCGUUCACGCUCAAUUCAUCGUUGUGAAUGCCCAUACAGUGGAUUUAGUUAGUGAGGUACCGUCUUUUUUACGUACCACCUUACCCUUCAAAAACGGCUGCAGCCUAUGAUUUUACACUUUAUACGAUGAAACUUGUCCGGAACGAAACUUAUUGCCUCCGUGUGGAACUAAAUGAGUCGUCACAGCCUUCGUAGGUACCCUUAAAACUAUAGAGCUAUUAUAGUAAUUUAGUGCCAGCUAGGUCGAAGCGUUUUUUCUUAACUUUUGUGCCCAAGCUUGGGCGCAGUUCGCGGAGUACCUUUGUUGUGGCCAAAAUAAGGAACUUUUCUUUUUCCAAAUAAUGAGCUAUAAUGAGCUCAAUGCGCUUUGCCGAUCGCGUCGCUGAAGUGUAAAGAAAUUUGAUUUUUCCGCGAUACAAUUUAUUUUUUUGGAGGUGAAGCGAUUUUUGAUGCGGCAGAGUGCUCAUUAUUUUCCCGACAAACUGAUAAAUUUAUCGUCUUUUGAAGAUGCACGCCUGUAUUUAGCUGAGGUAUAAGUUUCAUUAUCCUAAUUUCUAUUUCCCUUUCAGGUUCUGCCGUUGGUAUUCAUACUCCUCGAAGUGAUCGGUGUCUUGGCCUUCGUGAUAGGCGGCCUAUGCUCGAAACGGAAGAAAGAAAACACUGCUCCUCCGAAGAAGCCCGAGCCCAUCAAGAAGGUCGAGCCCAACAAGGACCCCAAGCCGGCGAAGAGUAUGGUCAAACCACCGGAGAAGGAGAAGUCGAAGACGGAGAGGAAACCGCCGGUCGAGGACACGGCUGACAAUGACGGCGAAGAGAAGUACGAUGACAUUGAAGUUGGUGGCAAUUAG